CAGGACAGCUACCCCCCUAACUGCAUUCAUCUAAAAAACGCCGGUGAUAGCCAAAAAAUAAGCAUUCUUAUCAAUGGCAGACAGCACGGACAUAAAACCUUCCGAUAGGCAUCAGUAAACCGUUAGUAUCAACCGAACCAGCAACAAUGUUCUUCGCUCUGGCCAUUUUCGCUGGACUUGUCCUGUUCUGCCUCUACAAUGUCCAGCAAAAGUACAAAUACUUCGAAUCCCGUGGAAUUCCGUACGUGAAGCCAUCAUUCCUGCUCGGAAAUGGUGCUCCACUCAUCUUCAAAAAGAAGGACAUGCUCCGUCACAUUCAGGACCUCUACCAUACCCAUCCGGAAGCAAAGAUCAUGGGGUUGUUCGACUUCACCGCUCCGGUCUGGAUGGUGCGCGACCCAGAAGCGAUCAAACAACUGGCUGUAAAAGACUUCGAUCACUUCAGUGAUCACACGCCGAUCUACACGGGCGGAGACGUCGAGGACAUGGGCACGGAUAGCCUCUUCGGCAACUCGCUGCUUCUGCUGCGGGGACAAAAAUGGCGGGACAUGCGGGCGACGCUGAGUCCGGCCUUCACCGGCAGUCGGAUGAGGUUGAUGUUCGAGCUGGUUUCCGAGUGCGCCCAGUCAAUGGUGGACUACUUUCGAGAGGAGGCCACCGCCGGUAAGCGGCUGGAGUACGAGAUGAAGGACGUGUUCUCGCGGUUCAGCAACGAUGUGAUUGCUUCGGUGGCAUUCGGGAUCAAGGUGGAUUCGCUGCGUGAACCGGAUAACGAGUUCUUCAUCAAUGGGAAAGAAUUGAUGAACUUCAGGAACAUGAAGACAGUGGCGAAGGUGUUGCUAAUGCGGAUGUUUCCAAGGCUGAUGAUCAAACUGAAAGCGGACAUCUCAAGUGCGGAGAUGAAUGCGUACUUCCGAGGAAUGAUCACGGACAACAUGAAACAGCGCCAAGCUCAUGGGAUUGUACGGAACGACAUGAUCAACAUACUGAUGCAAGUUAGACAAGGAGCUUUGAAGAACCAGAAAGAGGAUCAGGAAACUUCGAACGCAGGAUUCGCAGUGGUUGAAGAGUCUACUACCAUAGGUCAACCGCGCGAUCGUGUGUGGUCCGACAACGAACUAGCAGCGCAGUGCUUUCUAUUCUUCAUAGCUGGUUCAGAGACCGUAUCAACGUAUCUGACAUUCUUGGCCUACGAGUUGCUCAUCAACCCAGAGGUUCAGGAAAAGUUGUUCCGGGAAAUUGCGGAAGUCGAACGAUCGCUCGCUGGCAAACCCAUAGGCUAUGAUCAGCUGCAGGCAAUGAAAUACAUGGACAUGGUUGUGUCCGAGAAUCUUCGUUUGUGGCCUCCGGCUCCGUUCGCUGAUCGUUACUGUUCGAAGAACUAUCGUUACGACGACGGACAAGGCACGAGGGUCACGAUCGAGAAGGGUCAAAUAGUUUGGUUCCCGACGACGGCUCUGCAGCACGACCCGGAAUAUUUCCCGGAUCCUUACAGGUUUGAUCCGGAGCGUUUCAGCGAUCAGAACCGGUCCAAGAUCAAGACGGGAACGUACCUACCGUUUGGGAUUGGCCCUAGGGCCUGCAUUGGAUCGCGAUUGGCUCUGCUGGAAGUUAAGGUGGUUGCAUACCAUCUGGUGAAGCACUUCAAGCUUGUGAGGAGUGAGCGGUCCAAAGUUCCCUUGAAAUUGAAAAGCAAGAUGAUCGGAAUGGAAGUUGACGGAGGGGUGUGGUUGGAGUUGGAGCCAAGGGAGCGAUCAUACUUCGACACCGUCACCAUGGUGAUGAUGUUGAUAAUCACGAUGACGACCACCGUUUCAAUGGUGGGAGCAAACAAAACAAAACAAACCGGACGCCGAAUUACGGCAACCAUGGAUAUCAACUCAUACUACUUGCUGGUAACGAUCGUUCUGUUAAUUCUGAUCGUUCUCUACCGACGAGUUUCCAAGCACUAUGGUUACUUCAGCGACAAACCUAUUCCAUCGCUAACGCCCAUUCCGCUGUUUGGCAAUAUGUUUCCUCUGUUCAUGAAGAAGUACACCUUCCCCGAGUUCAUCCAGAUGAUCUACAAUCGUUUCCCGGAUGCUAAGGCCCUAGGGAUGUUCGACAUGUCUACCCGGUUCGUAGUGCUGCGGGACCCGGAGUUGAUCAAGAAGGUGCUGGUCAAGGACUUUGAGUUCUUCAUCGAUCGGCGGUCAUUGUUUGGCGAUAGCGCCUCCGAAUCGGACAGCAUUCUGAUCACGAAGACGCUUCUGCUGUUGACGGGACAGAAGUGGCGAGAUAUGCGAGCGACCUUAAGUCCGGCGUUUACCGGGAGCAAGAUGCGAGCCAUGUUUGAGCUUAUUGUGACCUACAGCGAUCGUAUGGUGGGGAUUUUGAAGGACCAAGCCGGUCCGGUGGGUUACGUUGACUACGAGAUGAAGGAGUGUUGCUCGAGGAUCGCGUCUGACAUCAUCGCUACGUGUGCGUAUGGAUUGGAGGUUGAGUCGCUGGCGAAUCGUGAGAACGACUUCUACACGAUGGGAAAGAAGAUGAUGAACUUCGGUAAAACGUCGUUCUUCGUUCGACUGCUGCUGUACAGCGUCUUUCCGAAGCUGAUGAGUAAGCUGCAGGUGGAUUUGUUCGACGGUGAACAGACAAGGUAUUUCACGGAGAUUAUCAAGGACACUGUCAAGGCACGGGAUUAGCAUGGCAUUGUUCGGCCGGACAUGAUUCACCUGUUGAUGCAGGCCAGGAAGGGUGUUCUGAAGCAUCACCAGGAAACGGCAGAAGCAAGCGCAGGUUUUGCAACGGUAGAAGAGUCAGAAGUCGGCAAGACCGCUAUCGGGAAGACAAUGACGGAUUCAGAGUUCGUCGCGCAGUGCUUGAUCUUUUUCAUUGCAGGGUUCGAAGCAAUAUCUAGCCAAAUGUCAUUCAUGUGCUACGAAUUAGCCACAAAUCCGGACAUUCAGCAGAAAUUGUAUGAAGAAAUCAAGGAAACGAAUAAGCUGCUCAAGGGGAAGCCUCUAACCUACGACACAUUACAGCAGAUGAAGUACAUGGACAUGGUAACGUCGGAGGCCUUGCGGAUGUGGUCAGGCCCGGCCACCGAUCGGAAGUGCGUUCGAGACUACGUGCUAGACGACGGCGCCGGGUGGAAGUUCCCAAUCGAAGCCGGAACCUGCGUGAUGAUUCCGAGCUAUGCCAUCCACCGGGAUCCCAAGUACUACCCCAAUCCGGACCGGUUCGAUCCGGAACGGUUCAGUGAGGAGCGCCGAGCCGACAUCAACAUGACCAUGUACUUGCCGUUCGGGGCGGGACCCCGCAACUGUAUCGGGUCCAGGUUUGCACUGAUGGAAAUGAAGGCCAUCGUCUACGGGCUGCUGUUGAACUUCAGCAUCGAACGGAACGAGAAAACGCAGGUGCCGCUGCGGUUGAACAAGGGGUUCGCACCGCUGGCCGGAGAGAAGGGAAUGCACCUGCGGUUGAAGGUCAGGGGAUGAGAUUGAAGCUUGUCAGUUUUAGCAAAUAUAUUUAGAUUGUUACGGUGUUCAUGAUCCUA